AUGAUGUCCAGCUGCUUUUUGGAGCUGCCGCCCCUUCCGUCGUGCUUGGGGCCAGCGGUGUGGACAAAUCGGGAGGUGCCGCCGCAGGAUUGGGGUAUGACAGCGGCACAAUUCCGCGAGUUUCUGACUGAAUGCCGAGAGACCCAGCUGUGGCGCUGGAUAAAGGAGAUGCGAGACGUCGUGACAUUGUACGACCUUGUCCAACACCUUGUAAAGCCAUGGACUCGUGGCACGGGUUGCGGCAUUGCACUGCUGAUGAACCACGAAAAGCCGUGUCGUGCAAAGUUGAUGAUCUCCCACACCUGGGCAGAGGACAUGGACGAGUGUGAGGAAGCCAUUGUCGACUACUGCCUGGAAGCGACUUCCGGGCUCCUCACCAGUAUCUGGUUCUGUGGAUUUGCCCAAUACCAAGCAGGAGGUGAGCCGGGCGAUGUGGGGCCGAGCAUAAGUGAACAACUCGAGCUCGAUCCCUUCGGAUCUGUGAUUCGGCACACGACGCCGGCUCUGGGCAUGGUGGUGGUUCACACAUCGUCUGCCGGAGUCUAUGAGCGCCUAUGGUGUGUAUAUGAAAUUGCAGAAGCCACGCGUCUCGAAUCCACGGUUGGCUUCGCCUUCUCCGAGCGUUACCUGAAUCAGCGCCACACAUCUCUAGUGGAGCUUUUGAAAGCUCGUACUGACAGUGCGGUGUGCAGCAAUCCUGCCGACACCGCCAUGAUCCGGUCACGCAUUCAGGACUUGGGAGGCUUCCGUGCCCUCGACUGGAAGAUCUUCUCCUUUCGCCUGCAAUCCCUGCGAGCUGUGCUGGCUAAGAAGGAUCCGAACUGGCAAGACAUGCUGGCAGAAGAGCUGCAACGUGCUGAAGAUGAGCUGAACAAUUGGUCUCUUUUCGGACGAGCGAAGAGUGAGAAGCCUCUUGAUGCUCACACACGAAAUCGCAUGCUGCUGCUCGUGGGCAUGGGCAGCAUUUCAGUCACCGGGGCCGCACCCAGACUUUCAACUGCACAGUUCAGCAUCAUGUCAUAUCGCGGAGAGAAGUUGGCCGAGAAUCAAGCCAAGUUUUUGACACCAAGUCUGCCCCUUGUCGUGAAGUAUCAGUUUGCCAACUUGCACGGCUGCGGCUCAGGACCCACCACCACCACCACAUGUGGACCUGAUGACCGCUGCCGAUAUUUUUCACCCACGCCUUCACCUCCUCCACCGGCAUCCGGGGCCCCGCCGGAGCAUAAUUGGCCUGAGCCCGAGCAUGGCUGCCUGGCAGAAGCCAGUGGUACUUUGCCUGUGACAGCACUUAUGACAAAACUGAUCAACUUUGCAGCUGUAUUGCAAGGUCACUCCAUUGCUAGUGUUAUUCCUGGGUGGCGUUUGCUUGCUGCUAGUCUGUGUGCUUGGGAUGCGGCGUUGUCGCACAAGGCCUUUGCUGCCACCAACCUGUCAUGGCUGGAUAGGAGGCAAGUCAGCAGUGCACAGUGUUGUUGCUUGGAGGGCUCCGUCUCCACUCUGACUCUAG